AUGCCUCCCAAGUUGAACGUCCUCAGCUUCGCGCGAGCAAUCCCAUACAGGCCAAAAGCACAGGCUCAAUGGCUUUCCCGACCUGCCACGCGACUCGCACCGGCGCAGACUCGUGCCUAUUCCGAUGCGAAAGACCCCAAAGAAGUUCCCGCCGCCGAUCGCUCAAAGCGAAUCGAUGCGAAACCUCUUGAGCAUGUUAGCGAAGAAGCGGCAACAAUGGCAGAAAUCACAGGUGGUGAAGGUCCGGACCUGAGCCAGGGCACACCCGUUCAAGAAAUUGUGAAGGGCGAUAAAAAGGCGGAGGAGAAGUUGCCCAAGGUUAUGCAAGAGCAGCUCAAGAAGGCGAGUUCGGCCCCGAAAGGCUCGCGCUCUUACUCGACCACAACGAGACCAAUUGAUGGUGGAAACGGCGCGUUUGACAUGGGCCUCAUGAGUUUUACUUCGGCGCCAGCCGCAGCUGCGCCAGCGUCGCCAGGCCUCAAGUUUGACAUGCCUGUGUUGCCUCUUCCUAAGGAUGGUCACGUCAAGCAUAGGUAUGACCCGGUUGUUGACCAGGUUACCAACUUGUUAAUGCGGCACGGCCAGAAAAGCGUUGCUCAAAGGAAUAUGGCGCUCAUCCUCCAACAACUUCGCACGGCUUCUGUCCCUACGAUCAACCCACAACGACCGCUUUUGCCUGGUGCGCCGCCACCGUCGCACCUCCCGCUCAACCCCGUUCUCUACCUGACUCUUGCCAUUGAUUCGGUAGCGCCCUUGCUUAGGAUUCGAAGUCAGAAGGGUGCUGCGGGUGGUGGUGUGGCUUUACAGAUUCCCGUUCCUCUAGGCCAGCGGCAGCGACGAAGAAUUGCAAUUCAGUGGAUCUUGGCAGCGGCAUCAAAAAGGAAGACCAACACCAGUGGCAAGACCGGCUACGCGCAAAGAGUAGCAUCAGAGUUGAUCGCCGUCAUCGAGGGUCGCAGUGGUGUAUGGGACAGGAGGAAUGCUGUGCACAAGUUGGGUAUCUCCGCUCGUGCUAACAUUGUUCUGCCACGGAAGAGAUGA